UCCCUCGAUUCCUUGCUGAUAAACUGCGGGCUCUUGUCUUCUUCUCCCUCUUUUUUUCGUUACAUUCGAAUCUUCCUCGGGAACACGAAACAGUUUUCGGAAAAUCACAACACCCGUUGCACACACACGAUGCUAUUGUAUCUUUCGACCCUCGGGCGUCUUUUGACGAUCGUUGCCGUGGCUGAUGUGGCCUUCGGAAGCCCUUUGGCAUUAUUGCUGACGAACACACCAUACACAUGGGCAAACGUCGAGUCCAGCGUGAUGAAUAGACUGAAAGACGAUAUUAAGUCGACCGGCACAAAGAAGAACGGCUUCAUGUCGACUUGGACCAGAAUUUUGCAGAAUCCGCCGGAUUCCUUGGAAGUCGCCAUUGGGAGCCGCGUAGAAUUGCAAUGUGAAGUAGCUGGUAAUCCGCCUCCCCAAGUUUACUGGAUAACUGGAAACGAACCGGAAAGACAGAUUCAGGAAUUGAUCACACGUGCCCAAGAAGCGAGCAAUACUAUAUCAACGGAGUGGGAGGGUGUCAGUCAGGUUUCUUCCACGUACGUGAUCGAUUGCGUCAGACCUGAAGAUCAAGGCCUAAAAUAUUGCGUGUCUGUGUCUAAAAAUAUGGUGGCUCAAUCGGCGGCAACAGUACUUUUGGUCAACACAACCAGAACCACUGCGUGCAACAGCGAAAACCCGCCUACCAUCACCUUGCACUCUUCCUGGAGAUUCGCUCUUCAACGGAGCACGGUGAUACUUCCGUGCAGAGUCACAGGCCAGCCGAUACCUUAUCUAUUCUGGAUAGAUAAUGCGGGCAACACUAUCAGCCCUGCGUCACAUUUGAGACACACCGUUCUGCCCAAUGGCGAUCUGCAGAUAACCGAUCUCCAGUGGUCCGAUAUGGGUGAAUUCACUUGCAAAGUGCAGUCGGGAUACACAGAGAAAAGCGUAACAACAUUUCUGUAUCCCGUACGUUCCGAAGAUAGACAAACGGAAAAUCCUAUAUAAACAAAGGACUCCAAAAUUGCUUAACACCUUUUAACGCUGUUUGCUACAACUGUGCAUAAGUGAAUAACAUCUAUUGCAUUUAUCAUUUUAUACAUUAACUUUAAAACACAGAGGCGGAACAGUAUGAUUUAAUUUUAGAAUUUUUAGAGAAGUAUUAUGUACUUGUAGAUAAGUAUUGCGUGCGUACUUAUAUAUAAUUUUUUUUUUUAACAUUUAUGAUACCAGUGUUACAUACUUGUCCUCAUAAACUCAGUACUUAGCGACAAAACCGCUUUCUGCAUCAAACCGGCGCACAGAAGAAAGUUUUUUUCUGGAUGUACAAUCAAAAAGACGAUAGGCUCUCACUGAGUCUGACAUGUUUUCUACGUUAGUCAUUAAUCUUGCGUUAUUGCCUUAUCAAUGAGAACGUAAGUCUCACUCCGAAUAAGAAAGUUCAUAAAAGAGUGAACUCAAAGCACAGAGAAGCCUCGAAACUCAGACAUGUAGACUGUUAUUUCAGGUUUAUGUCACUGUAUUAGUUCGUUUUAGUUUUUAUGUACGUAUUUUGUGUAUUAUUAAGAAUAUUUGUAUUUGUACGCAAAACAUUAGAUUAAUUGAUUGUAUAAUUAGGAUCAAAUUUUUUUUUUUUUUUUUUUUAGAAAUAGAGCAAUGGAUGGUAAUUCAUUGAUUGAACGUUACACAUACUGUACGUUACUUACCGCUUUUAGCUGUUCGUUUAGAGUCCAAAUGAGAAAUUGUGUAUACGAUCAAUUCGUUUCAAUAAAACACAAUUAUUUGCGA